AAGUUUUUCCGGGUUCAGAAAAAGCAGCUGACCGUGCGGCUGCGACGUUUCGUUUUACGGAAGCCUCUUAAACCUUUCCUGUAUAUGUAUGGAGGCUCUGUUUUACCUCAAAACGACAGCAGAGUCUUUCACUUAACUGGGUCUCAAGGAUUUGGGUCACCAACUCACAGCUCCGGUAUUUCCGAGGAGUGUGAGCACGGUUAAACGCGGAAAAGUGAGAGAGUACUCCGAGAAGAAAGCAACUGUUUCGGGAUGUGUUCACCCAGGACGGACCGGUGAGGAGUCUGCCACGGCGGGGUUUAUCCACACGAAAAGUGGCAGUAACAGGAGAAACACAGAGAGAAAGAGAGAGAGAGAGAGCUCUACAAUGUGGACAGAUAAGCAAAGAGGAAUAAGAGUGUCUCAGGAGGAGCUCCUCUGCAAGAAUGCCUGUGGAUAUUAUGGGAACCCAGCAUGGCAGGGCUUUUGCUCCAAGUGCUGGAGGGAGAGAAACCGCACCCCUGGAGCCGAGAGGCAGGACAUCAGCCCAAGCAAUGAUGGGACUCCUCUCACCUUCUCCAAAUUUGAGGAGAAGAAAAAUAUGGAGAAGGGGCGUCGAAUUAACACCAUGAGGAGACUGUUUUUAGGUGGCCCAUCACCUCCGAAACGUCAAGAGUCUUCUGAGAGUCACACGAAUGCCCUAAAAGCCUAUCAGGGCCUUGAGCCUGGGGACUUUACUGGUUUCCUAAAACUGCUUCGGAGCCCUUCCUCCCAACGCUUGCAAUCCCGCUGUACAGCAUUCCUCAAUACUAUGGAGGCUUACCAUAACCUACCAGUGCAGAAGCAGUCUGAUCUUGUGCAAGAUUUCUACCAGAAUACUGCUGAACAUUUUAGCAGUUUUUCUGAGGCUCAAGUCUCUCAGAUAAUGGAGCACAUAGAGAAAUUAACUAUGACACGUUUGCACAAAUGGGUUUUCUGCCACGAUAGCUGUGAUGAUGAACAGAAGGACCUGACACUGCAGAGGAGGAUUAGGUCCUUUAACUGGGUCACUCCACAGAUGCUGAAUGUACCAUUUCCUGACAAAGAGACGGCAGUCACAGGUGACCCCUUUCUGCCUGCUAUAACAGCCAUAAUUGAGAUGGAUGCCAAACGAGCACCUCAGGACAAGCUCGCCUGUGUGACCAAAUGCAGUCAGCAUGUGUUCGAAGCCCUCUCCACCUCAAGCAGCGAGCCGGCUAAUGCUGACGACUUCCUGUCCGGCCUGAUUUAUGUGGUGCUUAAGGCCAACCCGCCUCGACUCCACUCAAACAUGCAAUAUGUGAUUCGCUUCGGUCUCCCUCACAGCCUGAUGGCGGGAGAGAGUGGCUACUACUUCACUAAUUUGUCUUGUGCUGUGGCCUUCAUUGAAAAGCUGGACGGACCAGCACUCAACCUCAGUCCAGAGGAGUUUGAGAGCUAUAUGCUGCGUCGACGUGCUCCCUCUGGGACCAGGGCAAAGGAGAGAGUGCAGAUCGCCAGUGACACACAGCACUUAAUAGAAGAGCUAAAAGGCAGACAGGAAAAGCUGGUUGAUGGAAUGAAUGCUCUCAAGUUGCAGCUAGACGAGUGGGUGCAGGCCGUGCAGAUGCAGGUGAACGAGGCUACGGCCCAGUCUGACCUGGUACUGAAGGAGAUGACAGCACAGAGCGAGCUGUCGCAAAGAUGCUCACCCCCGGCUCACGAUGCCGCGCUGAAGGAGGAUGAUGACAUCAAAGAGCAGACAGUGCUGGUGCUCAUGGAUCAAGAUGCCUGUCAAAGAGACACAGACUGUUAGACAUAAUUAGAGUCUAAAAAAACACUCAUUUGCUUGAUCUGGUACUGGUUACUUUUAAUUCUCAAUGGUAAUUUAAGUAGGUUGCAGUUAGAUGUAAUUCAGAGAAGGUACCAAACACAAAUGUCUACUCUAAUGCCAAAUUUCCAGAGCGACCACAGUAAGGUGUUCAUGUCCUACAGCUGUUAAACAUGAAGGAAAACUAAGCUUUGCAUUUUGUGUUACAGGAUAUGGAUAGCCUAUGACUUUUUUUAAAUGACCUUGUUAGAGCUCACGGGCACCGGGUUUCACACAGUGCUCAAACAGGAAGACCACGGAAAUCCCCUGUGACUAAAAAGACAAGCUAAUCCCAGAUCUGAACUUUAUUGAAAACACUAGAUGCACACAAUUUGUUGCUGUAAGAGGAAGUUGCACUUGUAUGUCAUCUCAGGAAAAUUGUACGUUCCAGUUUUGUUUAGAGGCUAUUUGCUGCCGGUUUGUUAUGAAUGGUAAUAAGUCAAUAUGUCAAAAGUAAGAUGCUCAGAAGUUAUGUGGAAGCAUUCAGGUCACACAGCACUUACCAGGAUUAUCAUCCAACUCUUAGUUUAUUUUCUCAUUCACUUUUUUUGAUAAUAUGUACCAAUGUGCCUAAAUAUAGACAACUGUGAAACUUAAUAAAUAUGCUAGAAGAAAAAUCCGUUAAAUGUCAGAUGAUCAACUCGAACACCUGCAAGUCAGAGGCCUCCCUCGAGGCAGGUUUCAGCGGUGUGUGACUGUAAAUAACCUGUCGCCUUCAGUACUUGUACAAAGUUGAAAAGACUAACAAAGAAAAUUUAUAAUGUAUUUACAUAAUGUUAUAUAAUUUUAACUAGAUCAGAUAAAUAGCAACAAAAUAUUUUGAAGAUUGACCUUUGUAGAGGCAUUGUUUACAGAUGAGAAGUUUCUGAUGACCAUGAAGGAUUUUGUUACCAUCAAUGAUUCUGUCAAAUAUUAAAGUAAAAUAAUUAUUAUAAACAUAUUAAUACUGUCAAUGUCGUGUUUUUCAAUGUCAUUAAUUGAGGGGUAGUUCUUGUGGGACAGUAAAGUGGACCUUUCAGUUAAAGGCUGUGGUGAGUGAGAAAUGAAGCACUGCUGUCACUUGUUAGUCAUUUUCAUAGACAAAUAUGGCCAGAGACUUGGGUUGGGUUUUCAAAAGACAGUAUAGACCUCAGUCAAAUAAAUUAAUAAAAAAUACCUUGAAAAAAAAAAAAAAA